UUGAGUUAAUAUUUUUUCCCGAGUGUUGCCAAACAACGGGGACAUUGCAGUACAUUCAGCCCCAAUCUCGAUCCCAUUUCUCUGCUAGGGUAUCGGUCCACCGCCGGCCAUGGUAGCGACGGCCCAAACUGCUACUGGUUCGCACUUCCACGCAUUGCUCAAUGGCUACCCCAUGAACUGCCCGAGAGCAGUGGUUCAAACAACUAACCGAAAGGGAAGAAUGCUUUUUCGUUCUUCGCUCACUGGAACCUCAGCUGGUUUCUUGGAUUCAAUUAGAGGAUCAGCAGGCCAGUGGCAUAAACUUAGUCUGAGGUUUCUAAGUGGUUAUCCUUGCAAACUAUCAAUCCAUCCUCAUCGAUCUGCAAGUUUUUUCUGUAGUAUUUCAACAGGGCAAGCAAGCAAGGACAGAUUUGUUUGUUACACAUCAUCAGGAGAAACAGUACAACAAUCAUAUAGAUGGCCAGAUAACCAGAAGCCAAGGAUAUGUAUUUUAGGAGGCGGAUUUGGUGGCUUAUACACUGCUCUAAGAAUUGAAACACUUGUAUGGACCGAUGAUAAGAAACCUCAGGUUCUUCUUGUUGAUCAGUCUGAUAAGUUUGUCUUCAAGCCACUGCUUUACGAGCUUCUGUCAGGAGAAGUAGAUCCUUGGGAAAUUGCACCAUCAUUUACCGAACUGCUGAAAGGUACUAGCGUGCAAUUUAUUAAAGAUAAAGUAAAGCUUCUGCGACCAUCUGAUCAUUUGGACAACCCCGGGAAGAAUGAUCUUGGAAGAUCAUGUUCUGGAGGAAGUGUACUUCUUGAAAGUGGUUUACUAGUUGAAUAUGACUGGUUGGUGCUGGCUUUAGGAGCAGCAGCCAAACUAGAUGUUGUGCCAGGUUCAGCUGAAUUGGCAUAUCCUUUCGUAACUCUUGAGGAUGCCAUUAAAAUUGAUGACAAGUUGAGGAUGUUGGAAAGGGAUCAUUUCAGUAAUGAUUCUUCUCCUAUAAGUGUUGCUAUUGUUGGGUGUGGCUACUCUGGAGUAGAGCUUGCUGCCACAAUAUCUGAGAGAUUAAAAAGCUUCGGAAUAGUUCACGCAAUCAAUGUUGAAACUUCCAUCUGUCCCAGUGCACCAUCUGGAAAUAGAGAAGCUGCUUUGAAAGUUCUUUCAUCUCGAAACACUAAGCUUCACUUGGGUUAUUUUGUGAGCUCGAUUACUGAAGCUCCUAGUAAGGACUGGGUUGUGAUUCCAAGAACUGAGCAAGUAAUUAGUGUUGAUAAUGAAGUAAAAACAAACAGAAAAUUUAUUUUGGAGCUAAAACCUGCUCAGAGAGGUCUGCAGAGUCAGAUUCUGGAGGCAGAUUUGGUUUUAUGGACUGUGGGUUCCAAAUCACUUGUACCUGAGCUGGAACCUUCUGACCAACCCCGUACGUUACCCCUUAAUGGAAGGGGACAAGCAGAAACUGAUGAAACUCUCCGUGUAAAAGGUCAUCCUAGAAUAUUUGCAAUAGGUGACUCUGCGGCUAUGAGGGAUUCAUCCGGAAAGUUGCUUCCUGCAACUGCUCAAGUUGCUUUUCAGCAAGCAGAUUUUGCUGGUUGGAAUCUUUGGGCAUCAAUUAAUGAUCGACCUCUUUUACCAUUUCGUUUCCAGUAUCUUGGAGAAAUGAUGACCCUUGGAAGGAAUGAUGCUGCUUUCUCACCAAGCUUUAUAGAGGGCCUUACUUUGGAUGGACCCAUUGGACAUACUGCACGGAAGCUGGCUUAUCUCUUGAGGAUGCCGACCAAUGAACAUCGGCUCAAAGUGGGGAUCAGUUGGCUUGCUAAAUCUGCAGUUGAUACUAUUGCUUCUCUACAAACAACCAUAGUUAGUGUGUUCUCAGGUUCUUAAAACUGUGGAGCUCUAUAUAUUAUCAUUAGUCAUAUCUCUUUAAGUUUGUUCUAUGUGGUCAAGGUUGAUUAAUAAGCAUUAUUUCUUGCUAAUGCACAAAAAUAUCCAACUUAGGGUUUCACAUAUUCUUGUUUUACUACCAAAUAAUUUCCCAUUAUGAUCAAUAAC